AUGAACGGACCGAUCGACCUUGAAUCAUUUCACCGGCCGGCCACUGUCUUUGAGCGGCCCGACAACUUGGCAAACCUUCGGUGCGCGGGCUCCGAGAUCGACACCAUCGGCCUGGACGCCCCGGACUUCCAAGCGACCUGCAAGAUAAUUGAGAGUGUGAGGACCCGCGAUAUGGAUGUUCGGCCCCACAGGCAUCAGCCUCUGGCUUCUCUCCCUCCCGCUGGGCCAUCAAUUCCGGGUCCCGCAGCCAAUGAUCGCCAUGGGAGACAAAAGCGCGUAGCUUGUAGAGAGUGCCGACAGGCAAAGGUUCGAUGUGACGGCUUAGCCAAUGGCUCCCGCACUUGUAUUCGCUGCAGCCGCUUGUCGUUGGAAUGUCAGGUGGAUCUGAGCUACAAGAGAGUCAACAAGAGGCUGAAAAUCAAUGAGCUGGCGGAGGAGAUGGAACGGCUUCGGUCGGCCGUGAACCAUCACCAGCCAGCCAAUAAUGCCACUCCUUCUGAAGCUCAUCAUGAUGGCUCUUUGGGCUCCCUCUCGCAAACCCAACAGCCUGCCUUGCCACAUGGGAACCCUCUCUCUCAGGACCCUCAACGGAGUCCACAGUCUGUGUUAUUCGAGGGCCGUAGAGCUCUUGAAGAUUCCCGAGGGAAUAGUGCCCAUGCCGAGAGUUCCCCUUCACAGGUUGCACUAAAUCAGCCAGAGAAUGUCUCGGUCCCAGGCCCAGUGCAAACUAUACAAUCAUUCUCUUUCUCCGCUUCUACUGCUCGGUCUCUUGAACACGUAGUCCUCAGCAAAGAACAGAUCGGUUAUCUCUUUCAACAAUUUUUCGAACAUUACCAUCCAUAUUUGGAUAUACUCGAUCCUUCCAUCUCCCCAGAUGAUUAUUACAGACGCUCACCUAUUCUAUUCUGGGCCAUUAUUAGUGUCGCUGUUCGACGGUAUGAACAAGACGCUACAUUACUUGCAACCCUCAAUCCAUGUGUUACGAGACUGAUGUGGAACACUAUUUCAACACCUCCACACUCUCGCUUUACUAUUCAGGCAGUGCUACUAUUGUGCACUUGGUCAUUUCCGACAAAUUCGAUGUCCACAGACAACUCUUUCAUCUUAAUCUCCAUCGCAAAAAGUGCUUCAAUGCAGUUAGGUCUGCACAGACCAGAAAUUGUCCAAGAUUUCAUGAGGGUAAGGAUUCAGUUUGAUCCCCAGGAAUUUCAAGAGGCUGUGAAGACCUGGGUAGGCUGUUAUAUCACUGCACAAAGUGUUACUACGACUAUAGGCCAACCGUCACUAGUUCCUAGAGACUGGACCAUCGAUCGUGCAUGUGAAUUAAACAACAAGUACACCAUACCCGAUAACCUCAGACAUCAUUUGCUUAUAUAUAAAUUCAUUGCGCGAGUGAAUGGGCUCCUGGCAGAGAACGACCGGUCACCCAAGGGCUAUUCCCUUGAUAGUGAGAGCUACGUUCUUAUGGAGAUGCUAGAACAAGAUUUUGUUGAUCUGGAAAGGCAGAUCAGUGACCAACUAACAGCAACGAAUCAGAUUCGUCUCACAAUGGCUUGUCUACAACUUCGAAUUUACUACUUCUUCAUGCCUUUGGCCGUAGAUAUCCGCAAGCAAGGUCUUCUCAAGGCAUAUACCACAGCAUUGACUUUAAUUUCGAGAGUCUCCGAUGCAGAUAUCAAGUGGGAUUUCAUAAAAUAUGCACCGAAUGGCAUCGUUCACGUAUUAACAGUAGCAGCGAUACUCCUGAUGAAGAUUAUCAGCUCCAGCUAUUCCAGAUAUGUAGAUGUCGAAAGUGGUAAGAGUGCGUUCAACUCCGUUUUAUCGAUGCAUCGAAGAGCCUCAGUAGAAGAUAAUGAUCUACGCGGACGGGCCGGCAAGAUACUGGCACAGCUUUGGAGCGUACACCAAUCUCUUGCCGUCAGGAGGGAGCAGGAGCCCACUUUGAAUAUCAAAACACGCUUGGGUGCCAGUGUUCUCCACGAUUCACUCUGGAUGUGGCGGGAGGAAUUCGGCGGUCAACGAGCCACAGCCACAGCCUCAGUCUCGUCUCAGCCCGUCCCUGCUCCUCCACCUGAUCAGAGGUUUCCAGGCCCAGAAGUAGCUCUCGAGGACUCUAGCUGUUUGGGCGUACGGAACCAUGAUCGACUCCACUCUCAAGCGGACCAGAACGGCCAAUCGAGUGCUGAUACAGCGAGUUUCAAUAACUAUAACAUGGCUGCAGACCUGCAGGACAUUGACUGGAUCUGGGACAUGGGUUUCCCAUCGCUUCUACCAAUUGACGUUGAUUCAUACGAAUCAAAUUCAUCGACGCUGCCACCGUCCACAUGAAGCCUGUGUGUGGUAAGUAGCAAUACAAUGGUGACGAAGAGUUCUCUCCCGGUGGAACUGUUAAUGAUGUAUUUAUCGUUUGGUAGGGUUGUAAAUUAUGGUAUCUAUUCUAGGC